AGAACAACCUGACCUGAUUCCUCUGUGGGCCUGCAGCACAGAGUCAGGGACAGAAAGCUAAAGUCAGCUAUACACUGAACUAAAGUUAAACAUCCAUCUGUGUACUGUCAUGGCCGAGAGAGCCGGUCAGACUGAUCAUGAAGAAGAAGAGGAGCAGGGAGAAGAUGCAAGCAUGCCUGAUGAUCCACAUGAAGAUGUGGAUCAGCAGCAUCAGACCCAGCCUGAAGAGGAGUCUGAGUGUCCGGGCUGUCAGUCUGUGGGCGUGCUGACGCUUCCCUGUGGACACAAACUGUGUCACAUGUGUAUCCAGGUGAGUCAGGAGGAGCUGGGUCAGACCGGCUGCACCAUCUGCUACGGAGCCGAGCUGAUGGACUCAGUACUCCACUCCCUCCUGGAGACCCUGUUCCAUGGGCAGCCCAGGAGACGCAGGCUCCCACCUGGAGCCGCAGAGGAGGGUGUGAUGGCGACGGGGGAUGGAGGGAAAGCUUGGGCCGUGGACAGAGAGGAGGUGUGUGUGCAGCAUGGAGAAAUGUUCAGUGUGUUCUGUCUGGAGGAAGAGGAGCUGAUCUGCCCGAACUGUGAGACGGACGAGAGGCAUGAAGAUCACCAGAGCUGCUCUGUACAGGACGCCGUCCUCGACUGUAAGAGAGAGCUGAGAUCUGCAGUCAGAAACCUCCAGGAGCAGUUAGAGAGUUUGACCUCCAUCAGACGAACCUGGGACGAAACUUCUGCUCACAUCAAGAGACAAUCGGUCCAAACGGCUCAGUUCUUAAGGGAGGAGUUUGAGAAGAUGCAUCAGUUCCUCAACGAGGAGGAGGCUGCUCUGAUGUCUCAGCUGAAACAGGAAGAGGAGGAGAAGAGUCAGAGGAUGAAAGAAAAGAUCGACAGGAUCAACGAUGACGUGGAAACGCUCACAAACAGUAUCAGAGACACGGAAGAGGCCAUGGGCUUGGAGGACCUCGUCUUUCUGAAGAACUACAAGAGGGCCUUUGAAAGAGCUCAGCACAAAGUGGAGGAGCCUGAAGAAGAAUCUGGAACCCUGCUUGAUGUGGCCAAACUCCAGAGCUGUGUGCAGCACCAAGUCUGGGACAAGAUGCAGAAGAUCAUCCAGUACUUUCCAGUGACCGUGGACCCGAACACAGGCUCUGUGUGUCUAGGUGUGUCUCCUGAGCUGUCCAGUGUGUUUGUGUGUGAGAAGCAGCCUCUCCCAGAAAACCCAGAGAGGUUUGUGAGUCCACAGAGCAUCCUGGGCUCGGAGGGCUUCAUCUCAGGGAGGCACAUCUGGGAGGUGGAGGUGGGAGACAACAGUCACUGGUCUCUGGGUGUAGCCAGUGAGACGGUCCACAGAAAAGACUGGUCCUCCUCUGAUCUUAACCCCAGUCCUGCCGUAGACUCAGACACAGACUCUGGUGGCGGCCUGUGGACUGUUUCCCUCUCCUCUGGGGAGUACCGGGCCUCUCCUGGCCGCAGCGCCCCCAUCACACUGAGGCGUAAGCCACGCAGAGUUAGGAUUCAGCUGGACUGGGAGAGAGGGUGUCUGACCUUCUCUGAUGCCAGUGAUAACACCCUGAUCCAUCGUUUUAAGCAGCAGUGGAGCGAUACGCUGAGACCAUACUUCUGCACCACCUGCUCCAAACACCCUCUGAAGAUCACAGCAGGGAAGGUGACCGUUACUGUAGAGUAGCAUCACACAGCCAGACCCUUAGAAGAAUGAUGGCUGUAUAAUAAUCUGACACUUGCUCAAUACACUAUGGGCCUGAGUAACAAAAGGAUUGCAGAGCUUUGGCACCAGCUAAACCUGUGCACAUUGUUUAAAAAAGACAGUGUCUAGGCUUUCAUGAUACCCAUAACUGCACUGCAUGACAAACAUCAUCUCUGAUGAGGUAUUUUUGUGCAGACAUUUGAGGAAAAAUUCUAUGCAAAUCUGCCUCAUUGCAAAAAUCAGCUAACUCCUUGUCACUCUGUUUGAUGCAUCAUUUUCUCUGAUGUCUAUCAAGAAUAACCAUCCAUCAGACUGUUUGGGAACCAGGAGAGAAGGUGUUUAAGUUUUGCUAAAAUUCAUUAAAGAGGACAUAUUAUCCCCCUUCUCCACCUUUUCAAACAGUCCCCUGUGGUCUAAAUGAAACAUCUGUGCUGUGCUUUGGUCAAAAUAUAACAUGAAUCAAGAAGCAGAGGAGGUUUGUGACCCUGUAUAAACCAGCUCUCUCAGAACGCUCCGUUUUGGUCUGUGUGUCUCUUUAAAUGCAAUGAACCCCCCUGAGUUUCCCGGUAGACACCACUCCUCUGUAGCGGGAAUAAAAAUGGCGGACCUGUGUAAA